GCUUCCUCUCGCUACCAUAUUUGUGAGUGGCAACUUCAAGCACAUUUACACAUCCGGUUAAAAAUCUGUCUCAUUGUUCUAUCUGUGCGUUUCAAGAGUGAAAGUAAGAGCAGUACAGACAGACAGAUCAAGUUAAAAUAAUACGACUUUGAUCUGGUAUUUGACGACCCUCUCAUCUAAACCUGCUGUUUGUGACUACUUGGUUUAUUUUCUGUCUUGGUUGACAUCGUGACAAUAUUGUGCGGUAAGUAGCUAAACGAAUUGAUAUUCUUGAAUUGCACAUCUUUUUCUUGCCUCAGCCACAAUCGGUGUAAUUAACUAUGUAUUUCAGUAGCAGGUGAUCCUGUCUGUGUUACUUUGCAGCGUCAGUCAAAUACAGUCAGUCAAUGAACUCGUAAAUUCAUGCAGAUUAUUAUUGUUAAACCAAUCAAUAUUUGCAUUGUGUAAUGCAAUUAGACCUUUACUUUAUCAGAUAAUUGUGUAUUGUUGUGAAAAGAAAGAACUGUUGUGACAGUAACCAAUAAAAACGAAUAGAUACAUUUAUUUUUGUCAGAGCGAGAGUGUUGAUUGAUUAUGCCUUGAAUGUUAUCCCCGACCAACGGGCUGUUUAUACUUUCACUUUCUGAUUACUGGAAGAGCAGUACAGACAGACAGAUCAAGUUAAGAUAAUACGACUUUGAUCUGGUAUUUGACGACCCUCUCAUCUAAACCUGCUGUUUGUGACUACUUUGUUUAUUUUCUGUCUUGGUUGACAUCGUGACAAUAUUGUGCGGGUCAGUGAAAUACAGUCAGUCAUGAACAAUAAGGAGCAGGAACCUCCAAAAGCAGGAUUUUCCAAAAGGUCAGAGCAGCUGGGAUCAAAUCCUAUUUUCCUACAGCAGCAUCAGUGUGAAAGUACAAGUAUGAGUCAGGCAAGGACAAUGAGUUUGGAAGAGCAAAUCAGGAGCCUCUCACCAGUUGCAGCACAUGCUCUGGCAAUUGCUGAAAUUACAGAUGACAUUGACAUUCAAGAGUUAACAAGAGCAGAUCUGAACGAACUUCUGCCAGGCCUUCAACAUUUAAAACUUAGAAAGAAGAUCAGUGAACUUAUAAAUACAUCUAAACAGAACACAGCUAAACCUAUUGCUUUAGUUCUUAACAAGCUAAGGGAAUUCCUUCCGGUUGAUGUCAUGGAGAAUGCACUUGUUCCCGGGGGAGUGUUACAUGGCUACUUCCCUAUUCUUAGAGAUUUGGAGAAGCAGCUGGCCGAAGCCCUCUACUUCAUUCAGGCACACGUUGGUUUGCUCGAGAGCUACAUUGGAGAAGAGUCCAUGGAGGCUCAGAGCAGUGCUGCAUCUCCAUCAGUUGACUCUGCUACAGCAGGAAACCAACCAUCAAAUGUUGAGGUCCAGAAAACAUCUGUUAAUCGCACCUCAGGAUCAUCAGCCUUAUGUGCCGCUGACAGCCAGCCCAAACAAUGCAGAACAGAAGUGUCUGGUGCGCCGAACAGACCCACCUUCAAAGAAACUCAAGAUGAGACCUCAAUGUCACACUCUCAUACUUCAGGAGCAGCUGGUGCUGACACCCAUUUUCAAAAAAGUAUAACGGAUCCUUCUCAAAUUUCCACCGGUAGUGGGCUGCACGAGCCACGAUGCAAACAAGGAGAUAAGAUGUCCUCAUCUUGGUGGAAUUUUAGAGCAACUGAACCUCUAAAUAAGAAACAAGCAGUUAAAGUCCAUUCACAAGUCUGUGGAAAAACCCUGGACACUCACCUUGCACUCAUGAAACAAGUGGAUGAUCUGGCAGUAGGACUAAAGCGAGAGGAGACCAGACCAGAAGACUGCCAAGUCAUAAUAGCCUUCUGUCCUAUUACAUCUCGUGUGGGAACAGACAUUGAUGCCGCCAUGAGCAAAGUUCAAAGUAACAAAGAUGUCAUUCUAGUGGUGAUGCACCAUACUUUUGAUCACUGCUUUGUCACAAGCCAGAGAUCUGCAUCUCACUACAUAAACGUAGUGGAGGAAGUUAAUGUUCUCUUCCAUGACUCUAUGGGACUUCUGCGUUGUGAAACAAAUGAUAAAGCAGUGACUCUCAUACACAAGGCCUUACAGAAAUACAGCAGCACUACUUACAAACGUUAAGUGCCCCCUGGUGGCAACAAAGUAGUGUCUGAAGUUUAACAUGCAAACAUGAUUUAAAAACCUCAUUCUACCAUUCAAGGCGCUGGUAAUUCAUUCUAGUUCUAGCCCGACUAGUCUCCCAGUCCCUGCCACUGAAAAACAUCCCCACAUCAUGAUGCUGCCACCACCAUGCUUCACUUUAGGGAUGGUGCCAGGUUUCCUCCAGAUGUGAUGCUUAGCAUUCAGGCCAAAGUGUUCACUCUUGGUUUCUACAGACCAGAGAAUCUUGUUUCUUAUGGUCUGAGUCCUUUAGGUGCCUUUUGGCAAACCUCAAGCAGGCUCUCAUGUGGGCUGCCUUUUACUGAGGAGUGGCUUCCACCUGGCCACUCUACCAUAAAGGCCUGAUUGGUGGAGUGCUGCAGAGAUGGUUGUCCUUCUGGAAGGUUUUCCAUCUCCACACACCUCCCUGACCAAGGCCCUUCUCCCCUGAUUGCUCAGUUUGGCCGGGCGGCUCUAGGGUCUUGGUGGUUCCAAACGUCUUCCAUUUAUGAGUGUUGGAGACCACUGUGUUCUUGGGGACCGUCAGUGCUGCAGACAUUUUUUCCGAUACCCUUCCCCAGAUCUGUGCCGACACAAUUCUGCCUCGGAGCUCUACAGAGAAUUCGUUUGACCUCAUGGCUUGGCUUUUUGACAUGUGCUGUCAACUGUGGGACCUUUUUAUAUAGACAGGUGUAUGCCUUUCCAAAUCAUGUCCAAUCAGUUACAUUUACCACAGGUGGACUCCAAUCAAGUUGUAGAAACAUCAAGGAUGAUCAAUGGAAACAGGAUGCACCAGAGCUGAAUUUCAAGUCUCACGGCAAUGAGUCUGAAUACUUAUGUCAAUAAGGUGUUUUUUAUUUUUAAUACAUUUGCAAAAAAUUCAACAACCUGUUUUCGCUUUGUCAUUAUGGGAUAUUUUGUGCAGAUUUUGAAAUGUUUUAUUUAAUCCAUUUUAAAAAGUCAAGUGGAUGAAUACUUUCCCAAUGCAUCAUUCAUUCGUGUUUCAUGAGGAAUUUGUCUCUGUAGAUGGACUUAAAGCUAAAUAAAAUGUAAGUUGCU